AUGAUAACGUCCGCAUGUCAGCUAUGCAAUCUGAAGAAGCACGGAGCACUCGUUAGGAAUCCGCGGAACUGCGCCGAGUUCUUCAUGUGCCGACCUGGUGGCCGCCCCGUUCGCUUUUCGUGCCCCACCGGAAUGUCCUUCGAUACGGCACGCAACUCGUGUGGCUUCGGGUGGAGCGUCUGCAACGAUAGUGGCUGGACUGGCGUGGAAGACCCCGUGGGUCAGUACGAUCCGAUCGCGACGAAUCCUUCGCUCCUGGACCCGCUCAGUGGGGUGUGUAACGGUGCACCGACCGGAAGCCUUCGUCCGUGGCGAACCGGAUGCAGUGGGUUUUAUCAGUGUUCGACGGUGGGCUCGAUACAGUUCGAGUGUCCUGUGGGGACACUGUUCGACAGUAACCGGCUGUACUGUGAGGCCGCCGAUCUGGCGUCCUGUGACGUGGAACCGGAACGAGUUCCGGGACCCGCCGGCAAUCUGCUCGAUGUGAUGUGCUUCGGUAAACGGGUCGGUGUCAAGUAUGCCCACCCGUUGAACUGCUCGCAGUACUUCCAGUGCGAUGGCCGCAACAAGGCCCUCCUGUUCAACUGUCCGCGGGGCACGGCGUACGAUAAGGUUCGCCGGGUGUGCGGAUUCACCAACACCGUCGUCUGCUGA